AUGUCGCUUCGCCUACCAGCCGUUAAUCUUCGCAACGGCCAGCCAAUUAUUCGUGAGAGAGACGAUGUGACACUAAUAUCUGAUGGCCAUCGACGGCUAUCACCGAGAAUGAGGCGAACGCAGACUAAAAAUAGCGCAAUGGUUGACGCAGGCUCAGCCGGCCUCAGAGGUGGAGAUAAAGAUAAAUUACUUGACCAACCACCAAAUAAGGAAGUGCUCUAUUGCUUUCCUCUCGCGUGGAGGGAUAUUGCCAAGUCAGUGCCAGUAAUCUUGGACGACACUUCCAUGGCUUCCACUCCACUGUAUCCCGAUGCCCAGGGGGGCGUUGAUGCUCUGUUGAGAACAGGCUCCCGUGUGAAAGAUUACGCCGUGAAAGUGACCGAGAAAUAUGCCGCCGGCCCUGAGAGCCCUCUUGAUGGCAAAAUUCACCUCUCGUUGCAACCACCCACCCAAUUGGUCGCCGUGAUAUCCAGCGAAACACCUGCCGUGGUCAACCGACCAAAACUCAGCGCUGAGACCAAGGAAAGCAAUGCUACGACAGCCGAACAGAGCACAACGGAGAAGGAGGAGCAGUUCAAACAGACGAUGAGAGAAUAUGAGAAAACGGCUAAGCAGAAGUACAGGACUGGAAUAAAUCCUGACAAUAAGCACACUACCAGCGAGGUUGAAGCCAUUGUGAAGGAAGCGAUCAAUAAGUACCAAACCGAAGACACAAGAGGAUUCUGGGGAAAAAUCCGCCUGGCGUGCCGGAAACUUGGCGAUGGCAGCGAAGCUAUUCAAGGCUGGCUCGGCCUACUGCCAACACAGUCAGAGUACCUCUCGGUAUUAGUGGGCUAUUAUCCAAGUUUGAUCAUGUCUGCUAAAUAUGCGAAGGCUGCGUCUCGGAUGAAGAACGUCGCUGAUAAGGUCAUGGAAGCGCUACAGCAGAUCCCCACCUUAAUUAGCAGCGCGCAGCGGGUCUUGCAGAUUUACAAAGACUCUGACCAAUUGAAGAUAUUGAGCACGUCGUUUUACGGCUCGAUUUUAGCAGCACUGGGACACAUACUCGAGUACUUGCGGCAAAAGUCCUUAUGGAAAGCCCUCAAAGCUGGCUUUCAGCAAGCGAGCUUUGAGAAGUUGCUUCUUGAGAAAGUUGACAACGUGACGAAGGACAGAAACGCUUUCAAUGAUGAAGCCAACAUCUGCCAGAAAGAGAUGAUCGAGAGAUUGGAAAGUGUCCAAAAGGAGAAUAGCGACGAAGCGAGGAAGAGGACUCAGGGACUCCUUGAAACCGUCAAGUUCGCUUGUCAGGAGCAGACUCGAGCGAACCGAGAAAUGAGGGAGACUUUGGAACUAAUGCAAAUGACCACCAUGGAAAUCAAACGGAGACAAAUUGAGCUAGACCAGAAGUUCGAAACCAAGAUUGACGCCUUGAAGGAGGCUGUCAUGAAGCCAUACGACCUCAUGAUGCAAAUGCUUGAAGGAAACCCGAACCUCACUGAAUUUGCAUCUUUCAUGGUGAAACGACUCGAUGCCCCGGAGCCUUCGCAAGAACUAGAAAGCCCAAAGAGGCGCGCAUCUAUGUCAACUAUUGCCAAGGGCAAUAAAUCCGAACUCAGUCCAAGGCAGCAGCGUACCAAGUUCCUAUCGCGGCUUGACUAUGAUGCAGACGCAGCAGGCGCUGAUCUCAUGGCAAACUACACCCUCGGGCCAAAUCUUUCGCUCGAUGACCAAAAUCGCGGCAUUUAUGUCAUCAAGGCAAAAGCCCUGGCUGCCUGGGUUAAUGCUGAGCGCUCAGCCGCGCUCGUCAUCAACGGAAAUGCAGGAAGCAUCAAGCGAAGAUCUGCCAUGAGCUUUGUUUGUGCUCGUCUUGUUUACGCACUGGAGCAGAUUCGAUCACCACCAGGAGGAUCAUCUCGUGCGGGAACGCCGGACGUGGUGGUGUUGUACUUCUUCUGCGGCCAACAUGCUUCCGGCGACUACAGUUGGGAGACACCGAGCGGGAUCGUCAACAGUUUCCUGGCUCAGCUGCUCACUCAAUGCAAGCACUUGGACCUAACCAAGGUGACCGGCCGCGGCAGUUUCGAUAGUGGUGACAUGAAGGCGGUUCUAAAGCGGCUGUAUUACGUACUCGGGCAGCUUCCAGCGGAGACGACUGUAUUCUGCGUUAUCGACGGCCUGUCGUACUACGUUGACAAUGACAAAACCUCGGACGAUGCAGACAAACUGAUCAAGAAGCUGUUGAAGCUGGCAAGGGGCAAGUCGCGGAAUCGUUACGCGUUCAAACUCCUCCUUACAGUACCAAAUCGGUUGCACGGGUCGGAAGUAGAGUCUUUGGGAGAUGACGAGGUCUUGGAUAUUCCUAGCAAUCCCCCUAAAGCUGGAGGUUUCACUGCAAUGAAGUGGAAUCUGAGUGCUGGCUGCGAACUGGAACGCUUCGCUAACUCGGUUAAGUAG